AUGUGUAUACCUGAUGGUAUGGGAAAUCUGAGAGUCACCAAGAAGGGAAUCCGACUUGAAGGUAUAUCUGAGUUUCUACUUCCAUUGUAUGUGAAAGAAAUUCAUUCCCGAAAGGAUAGUCCACUGGUCUUACAGUCUGACAGGAAUGUAACAGUCAAUGCAAGGAAUCACAUGGGGCAGUUAACUGGACAGCUGACAGUAGGAGCUGAUGCUGUGGAAGCUCAGUGUAAAAGAUUUGAAGUGAGAGCGAGUGAAGAUGGCAGGGUGCUGUUCUCUGCAGAUGAAGAUGAGAUUACCAUUGGGGCUGAAAAGCUGAAAGUUACAGGCACUGAAGGAGCAGUAUUUGGGCACUCUGUUGAAACACCUCACAUCAGAGCAGAACCAUCCCAAGAUCUCAGGCUUGAAUCACCCACCAGGUCCUUGAUAAUGGAGGCUCCACGAGGGGUCCAGGUGAGCGCUGCUGCAGGAGACUUCAAGGCCACCUGCAGGAAGGAGCUCCAUCUACAGUCUACAGAAGGGGAGAUAUUUUUGAAUGCAGAUAAAAUCCGCCUGGGGAACCUACCAACCGGCUCGUUGUCAUCUUCUUCAGCCAGCUCCUCCAAUUCUCGGCAGACAGUGUACGAACUGUGCGUCUGCCCCAAUGGCAAACUUUACCUUUCUCCAGCAGGAGUGGGGUCGACCUGUCAGGCCAGUAGCAACGUCUGCUUGUGGAGCUGA